GAUCAAAAGCCUUUUUUAAAGCGUCGGGGGGGCGGCGCGUGUGCUGUAUUUCCAGCGCGCCGCUCCGCCCUGCAGCCGCACACAAAACUGACUGCGGGCCGCCGCUCAGACAUGAAACAAGUGGACGGAGAUGUAGCAGACAGGCACGCCAUCACUCCAGCACCCCGUCGGCGUUUUUCGCACACUCCGGCAUCCGCCUUUUGUUUAUGUUUUUUUGCGUGACAGGACAGACGGUCCUCCGCGCGGCUGCUGUCGGAGCUUGAUGGCCGCGACACUCGCGAUGAGCGGCGGCGGCGCGCAGCAGGAGGAUCUCUUCUACCCGCUGCACAAGUCCUUCAGCCUGGACGACUCGGCGCUCUUCGGCUUGGACUCCAAGAUGCUCGACACGGACAAGGAUGUGCAAAGUGACUACGCACAGGUAAAGUGUGAGUUGGACCGGUACCUGUCCCCUCAGCCUGCGCCUCCUUUUCCACCUCCUGCAGACGGCCAUCAGAAGCUGCAGCGAGAUGCCGCGGAGCAUUUCUUAGGUGACGACCACUCCAGAGCCCCGUACACCCUGAACAUGAAUCUUUAUCUCCCUGACAUCGCCUACGUGAGGAUGGGCUUGUGUCAGCAGGUGCGGCCCCCUCAGCAUCAGAACCACACAAGUUUUGCCCAAGUCAAAAUUGAAUCUGCCUCCCCGUGCUUCUCCUCGAGCAUGCAGCCGCACUGCCCCAAUACGACGCCCACAAGUAGCUGUAACACCUCUGGGGGUAUCGUCAUGGAAACCUCUGCGGUAAACAUGACGUUAACAGGGUUACCAGACUUCACAAGUGUUUUCAACCAGCCAGGCGGCGGCGGUGUUGGCAAUUCAGCACCGGAAGUGUUUGUGAAACAGGAAAUGUCACAGUUUGAGCAGCAGCAUCCACUUCAUCACCACGACAACAGCGGCAGCUCUCUUUUUCAGCUCCUGAACUCCGGCUUGGACCAUCACCACGGCAGCGGGAUGGAGCACCAUCAACGGCAGCAGCAGGUGCAGCACACUGGUCCCUCAUCAGUGCACGCACCCUUUCACGACUUGCCGACGGUUUCUUCGGCAUCUCAGCAAGAACAGGCUGCCAAACCUGCCUACUGCGGCCUGAAUGGUGGCGGGGCCUACAUGCAUCCUCAUGCUCAGGCACAUUCCCAUUUCCUGCAGCAGCAGGUGCCAUACCUGCCACCCUCUCCGCCGAGCUCCGAGCCGGGCAGCCCCGACAGGCAGAAGGAGCUGCUCCACACGCUGUCGCCACCUCCUUCCUAUGCAGCCACCAUCGCAUCCAAGCUGGCAGGUGGCACAGCUGGACUCAGCCCGGGUAGUUUAGCUCUGCCCCUCUCUGCAGGCACCACACCCGCUCCAGUUCAGGGCCCCGCUGCAGGCCUUCCCCAAGCCCCUUCUACCGCCCCAGCUCAGACAACCGCCGCUCCUGUCCGCUACAACCGGAGGAACAACCCAGACUUGGAGAAAAGGCGGAUCCACCAUUGUGAUUACCCAGGCUGUAAGAAGGUCUACACCAAAUCAUCCCAUCUGAAAGCCCACCUCAGGACUCAUACAGGUGAGAAGCCGUACAGGUGCACGUGGGACAGCUGCGACUGGCGCUUCGCUCGCUCUGACGAGCUGACGCGUCAUUACCGGAAGCACACGGGCGCCAAACCUUUCCAGUGCGCCGUGUGCUCGCGCUCCUUCUCCCGAUCCGACCACCUCGCCUUGCACAUGAAGAGGCACCAGAACUAGCGGGUUCCACCAAACGGAGAUGUGCACAUGCUGCAGAUACACAAGCACUAAUUUGACUCGUGCAACGGAACACGUAAACCCCAACCACUGACUAUCUGUACGACUACAAGGCUGCCAGGCUGCCAGUAUGAACCGGCUCACGCCGAUGCCGCACCUCCCCCUGGUGCUGCUGCUGCCUGCCAAGAUGGUACCAUAGCCGAACAAUGUUCUUCUUAACCAGAACAAUUUUGAGGUGGAAAAAGUGUUUUAAAAAAAAAAAGUGGUCUCAUAGCUUCCAGAUACAGUAGGUAUCAAUAAUUGUUCUCUUUUUUAACCCCCCAAAAAAACAGUAGCUCUGUUUUUCCAGUCCAUUCGGACUGUUUUGUGUGACUGGAACAAAAUAAUUUGCUACUCAAAUCUUUUGUCUCUGUUUUAACUUGGAAUUGGCCUCGCAAUUUAUAUGCGUAAGCGAAAAGCUCUUGUUUGCAAAAACUAGCCAAAGCAAAUGUUUAUUUACGUCUUGGUUUGUUUAUAGAACUGGAAUGUCGAGAUUUAUUUUUUUAACAAAUAAUUUGGUUUGCACUAGAAUUGGUAAAUCUGGUCUGAGCCUCUUUUUUUGUGUGUGUGUGUGUGGGGUGGGGGGGGGGGGGGGGGGAGCUUGUAGAUCUCAUUCACCACUGGACCGAUCGCUGUCACAACCGGACUGAAUUUCUGUAGCCGCUCAAACAGCUGAAAGCCACACAAAUGAUAGCCAUUCAGAUAUUAAAAAUUGAAGACAUUUAUGUGUACUCUGGAGAGAGGGAUGAUGGUGCGGGAAUAAAGAGUGGAGUGGAUUUCUGAUUUUAGAGCGGGGGAGCUCCAAGCGUGGCCGAGAAACAGGGAGGGAGAUGGUUGCUAAAAAGCAGCAAUUAGGUGAUAAAUUAUUCAGUUUGUCUGUCAUUGGCUAUUCAGCCAGAGAAAAUAUCAGCAGCAACAAAUCCUAGAAUUCAGAGGUAAAAUAGACAUGAUGGCGUUUAACGGACAAACCAAAAUUAAGCACGGCGUAACCAGGACCGACGGAAGAUCGAGGGACUGACUGUCGUGAAAGUGCGAACCCAUGCAUCAUUCUCAUCCAGCAUUUUGUAUCGUUAAGAUUUUUUAACCAAAGUAUCAUCUCAUACAUCAAUUACUUAAGUGCCUGACUUAUGGGUUUGUGCAGAGAGGUAGCAGACUUCUAUUCAAAGGAAUUUCUUCAUGAUUGUUGAAGUGCAAACAGUCACCCCCUAAAAUUGUGCAUUUUAGUCCAGUAGCCUUUUUGUUUGGUUGUGAACCCACAGUUUAAGAAAAUGGCGAUCCUUGCAGAGAGUGGAUGUUGAGGGUUGUGGUGUUUUCCUGCCUUACUGCAUGGUUGCAAGACAUGGACACUAACCAGUGACCUAAGGCCAUAACUGGAUGUCUUUGGCAUUGGAUCUCUCUGGAUGAUCUUAAUUUUCUGCUGGUACUUGCAUUGGUGAGGGAGCGUCCUCUGUGAUGUUACGGCUGUGUGGUACAUUUUUCUGUGCGCUGGUGCCUCAUUACAUGCCAGCAGCUGGAAAUUGCCAACAGGACACCCAUGUAUCGCCUUGCUAAUGGAUGGCUCCUUUGGUAGGAUAGGAUGGGAUGGUUGUUUCCCUGGGUGGUUGCCAACCAGGUUCUGCACACAUGGCACCAGCACAUUCUUCCAGAACUGACCUGACCUUAGCUCUGGGUCUAACUGUUUCCAGCAUGUGUAAUAGAUAAAAGAACCUGAGACUGCACAGACCUGAACUAUUAUCUAAGUCGAUUCUUGUUUAUCUCUUGCAAAACAGGCAUUUUAAGAAAAAUUGCAUAUUUGUCAGGAAAGCGCAGAGCCUAUCGUGUGCACUGUUUGACAACAAACUACAAAUACAUGUUCCACCAG